CACGGAACUGAGAGGAAGGUAGAUUUUACCUUCAAAAACCCAAAACCCUAAAACUAAAAAGCAAACAAAAAUCUGAGAAAAUCAUGGACUUGCAACAGAGCGAGUUCGAUCGCCUCGUGUUCUUCGAGCAUGCUCGUAAGACUGCAGAAGCCGAAUACGUCAAGAACCCUCUCGAUGCCGAUAACUUAACAAGAUGGGGAGGAGCUUUAUUGGAGUUGUCUCAGUUUCAGAGCUUUUCCGAAUCAAAAAAGAUGACUCAAGAGGCUGUUUCAAAGCUUGAGGAGGCGCUUGUGGUGAAUCCCAAGAAGCAUGACACACUUUGGUGCCUGGGAAAUGCUUACACUUCGCAAGCGUUUUUGAUUCCGGAUCAGGAGGAGGCAAAAGUUUAUUUUGAUAAGGCAGCUGUUUACUUUCAGCAAGCUGUUGAUGAGGAUCCUUCAAAUGAACUUUACCGCAAAUCAUUGGAAGUGACUGCCAAGGCUCCUGAGCUGCAUGUAGAAAUUCAUAAGCAUGGAUUUGGUCAGCAGCAGCAGUCAGCAGCGACAGCUGGGCCUUCUACUUCUUCGGGUACAAAGACUCAAAAGAAAAAGAAGAGCAGUGACCUUAAGUAUGACAUAUUUGGAUGGAUAAUUCUGGCUGUUGGCAUUGUUGCAUGGGUAGGAUUUGCAAAAUCAAACCUGCCACCACCUCCUCCUCCACCUCCGCGAUAAGUGAAGUCAUUUGAUUUGAUCUGGUACAUUGAUUAUUGAGAAUGAUAUUUGAUUUGGGUCAGUGCCUUUUAUUUAGUUUUUGACAGUAGUAAUGUUUUUCAUGGUGUAACCAUUGACUUAUCCAUCAUAUGAAAUUUUAUCCGAUUACGGGUUGAGCAGUUAAACAUGCCAGG